AUGACCUCCUCCUCCGGAGGCUCAGAGUCGUACGACCUCAUCAUGUGUAUAAACUGCCGGCAGCUUAUUCAGCACAAACUACAUAUUAAAUGCUGUGAAUGCUCGGCAAUGAUUUGUAUAGAUUGCUUUUCUUACGGAUGUGAAGCGGGUUCCCAUGUGCGUGGUCAUAAUUAUGAAAUUCGCGAUCCACUUGGCGGUCGGACAUUUGACACUAAGGGAAGUUGGGGUGCAAUAGAAGAGAAAAAACUCCUAGCAGCUGCAUAUCGUUACAAACUUGGCAACUGGGGUGAAGUUACUAGACUUAUGGAGACUAACCGACCUAUCAGCCAAGUCCAGGAAUAUUACGAUCGCUUCUUUAUUCGUGGUCCGAUAGGACAGCUUGCUUUGAAGCGCUUGAACUGGGAAGAUGCAAAGAAAAACAUGAUUGUGGAUGGUAAUCUUGUUCAACAAGUUGAGUCUGAUCGCAUCACUUAUCUACUAAUGGUUAUGGAUGCUCUCAGAGACAGCAAAACAAAAUUAGAUCCUCAAAGUCCCAUCCUUACCAAUGAGAUUGAUGACUUGGUUCAUAAUUACAUGAGUCGUAUGCAGUUGCAUGCUGAAGAGAAUUUUUGUGACGCACUUGAGCAAAGAACAUCAGCGAAAAGUGUUUGGCAAUGGUUCCUACUGACAUGUGCAUCCGCAACACUUCCUAUCGGGUAUCUGUAUUCUGCUGUGUUAUGUAGUUAA